AUGUACGGCUCCCAGCCUCCCCCGCAAGCAUACCAUCCCACGGCGCCGCCUCCAACACAACCUGAGUGGCAGCAAAAACGCCCAGCAAAAAGUUCUCAGACAUGGCAAGGUGCCUCAGUGUCGUCUCCUGCGCCCAGUCUACCUCCCCCUGCAGUUUCACAGCCGACUGCACCUGCAUAUAGCCCAAGUAUGUACGGGCCGAUGCCCAGCGUAACUUCUCCAGCGCCAGAGAAUGCUUCGCACGGCCAGGGGAGCAUGAAUAGCUCUUUACCGAAUGAUAAAUUGACCUGGGGAGUACGGUAUAAUCAGCAAUAUGGACAUCACCAAUCAGGGAGUAUUCAAGGCAUCCAUUCACUCUCCCCCCCUCCAUUGCCGCCUCGACCAACGAGUGGAGUCGAUCACCAAUUUCAACCACGCCCGGGACAGCAACAGAUGUGGGCUUCUACGCCACCUCCACAACCUUACUAUACACAGAAUAGCCCCGUAAAUUAUAAUAAUGAACAGCAGCAACAGUUCUGGCAGCCUCAUUUGUAUCCGGACCCUGGUUCAUCAAACCAAUCUAUUCCUCCUAUACCACCGCCAGUCCCUCCUGCGUACCAGGCAGAAGCCCAGCAGCACUCUCAACACAGCUGGCCUAGCGCACCUGUGAUAUCUACCCAUCCUCCCACGCAUAACUAUGAGCCGUCACAGCAAAAUUUACCACAGCAACCGCAGCAAAAUCAGACUCCUAGUCAGAUAAUAUCUCCUACAUUACAGCAAUUCCCUUUUGCCCCAACUGGUGCUUUUAGUGGCCCAAAUGCCCACUAUACCUUCCCCAAUACUAUCGCUCCUGAGAGACCUUCCAGCUUACCACCCCCGGAACCACCUACUGUGCAACAGCCCACUACCAACGAAACAAUGCCCCCUACGACCGCCUAUGUCUCAACGCCAACUUCAGUUCCAAGCCUGCCGGCAGUCACCCAACCUUCAAAUUCUAUACCAAACUCGUCCGCGUUGGGACUGGGAGCACCAUCAGAUUGGGAACAUUUGUCUACUAACCCAGGAGAAAUCGAUGAUACUGCGUCAUUUAAGUUUAAGCCACUGAAUCCGCCACAACAGAAGCAGACUCUCGAUAUUGUAUCUGAUAUUAUGCCUACUCAAGCCCAACCCGGAACACCGAAACCAAUAUUACAACCUGCAAGGUCGUCUACACCUGUAUCACAUGAUAUACCCCAGUCAGACCAUGUUUCGCCCGUGUCAAGUGAAGCUAAUACUACCCAACACGUGUCUCGUCCUUUCCAGCAAACUGAUCGAAUGAACAGCGUAGAUUCAUAUUCGAGCGCCAUAUCAGUGGAGGAUGGCCUGGGAAUUGAGAGUGUCAUCAAACAAUGGUCCCAGCCUACAAUGGCCGUGAAUAAAUCACCCGUUGAUAUGGGAGAGAAUCCUGUCAUUCCAGCUGUCGUUCCCCAGGAAAAAUCAAAUCGGUUUACAACACCCGUAUCUAGUCUUCUGCCUUCUCCUAUUCGGACGUCACCAAAACAAACUCCACCGGCAGCACCCAGAUCUUCCUCUACUAAGCCUGCCAUGGCCAUCCAGGACCCUUAUGCCGACCUAGACCCAUGGUAUAAAUCUUCAUUGGCAAGGUAUGUAGCUAUGCUCAGGAAAGAAAUGGCAACCGAGUCAGACGAGGGAAAAUUCAAACUCUUCUCUGCUUUCAUGGCGAAAGAGUCAAAGUUACGAGAGAUCCUCUACAGUGUGGAAAUUAUACCAGAAACUCCAAAGAGUAAACCAGUGGUUGCCGAACCGGCUAAACAAGUUGAGCCGCUGAAAGAGGUAGACAGGCCUACGUUGCGGCCACUAGAUACGGAUUUGCCAAUACCGGUGGAUCAAGAAGAUGAUGUUGUCACUUAUAGUCCCGGUGGUCGCCCGGUAUUUGGAUCUUCGCUUGUACGAGAUAAACUAGAAAGAACCAAUGACGCCGGUCUUCAGAGAAGCGCUUCAAACCCAAAUCCUCCAGCGCAGGUUCGGAAUCGGCUUGAUGCUUCGAAUACGCUUGGACUUGUUGGCUCACCUGUAGUUACUGGAAACCCAUUGAUGAACCUUCCUCGAGCUACAUCUGUUCCACCAGCCACACAACUGUCUAUAGCCACACCCGAGUUGCCUCGUGCAUACACACCAUUUCGAUACCAAGAAGCUCCUACGGUACGGUCGCCGUCGCUUGACCUAAGCCGUCCAGCCUACCAGGCUUAUUCGGCUCUGCGACAAGCAUCAGCAGAAAGCGGUCGGGCGAUGGCCCAGCCGACUCUACAGCCGCGUCAGGACUCAGAUACCUUGGAUGUACCCCGGCCAGUCAGGGAAGAACAUUCCGAGACGUUUUUGGGUCUUGUUCGGGAGAAGAGUGUUGCUUAUCGAGGGAAACGGCCCGAAACGAAUGUAGGGAAUCGAUCGCCUACGGACCCGUUCAAGAAGGGAAUUGCGACUGCGAUAUUGGAUGAUAUUCGAGGCUUGGUCCCGGCGGUCCUACCGGAUCCCAGUGCUCAUACCCAAGUUGUAACAGUGCGCAAAGAGCUACAAAAAUUUUCCGAUGAUUUCAGUUUCAUGGAGAAGAGCUUAGAAGCAUGGGAUCGUGGGGCGAGUGCGCGGCAAGCUCAGCUAGAGAGCGUACGCCGAACGCGACAAGAAGAGUCAGAGCGGCACAUUGAUUCUCUUUUCAAUAGCAAGGAGAUCGGCUACUCUGACAUCAGCGUUCUCGAGAAUGAGUUCAAGCAAGUUGAGGCGCAGAAACAGUUAAACGAGGAAAGAAAGGAAUUCGACAAAUUUGUCGAAAUCGUGUUUGUGCGUGUUGAUGAACGGCUUGGCUCGGAGAUUGAAAGCUUAGAGUCCCUUUAUAAGGAGACGCUUGAGCUUCUCGACCCCGAGUCUGGCGAUUCCAAGGAUAAACUAGAAAAGUUUCAUCUAUCGUAUGUGAUGAAAAACGCCGCAGACAUAUUCCAGAAACUGGAAAAGCGCCACGACAAGCGAGUCUGUGCUACGAUUGAACGCGAGAGAAGGAGGAAACGGGCAGAGCGUCGAUUCUUUGUGUUCAUGGGUGACUCGGCGGCGCUCAAGCAGAUGGACAAGGACUUUGAGGCGGCGGAGAAACGGGUUGUCUUGGAUGCGGCCAAGCGGCGGGACGAGCGCGCCAACCAAUUGAUGGACUCGCUGGACGACGCAAGCAUGCGUGGAAUCGGCGAAAAUCAGACCGUGCUGGAUGAUAUUGCCAUGAAGGUCGAGAAGCUCGAUCCCAGCCUCGUGCGCAGUAUAAAUAACCUACCGGCCCACUCCGAAGCCACGUUGACUUCCGCCACGAAAUUCGUGCAAUUCCUGGGCAGGGAUUCCGAGUCGAUCCUGUCUAGCUUCGGCAUCGCGGACCGGGUGCUUAACAAUGCCGACUAUGAGGUCUCAGUUUCGGAGGCCAGAGUGGCGAAUGCCGGGGCUGAUAUCUUCCGACGGCUGGAGGAAGAAAAGAAAAAAGAAGACGGCAAGAUCGAGGAAGAUCUAGAAUCCCGAAUGGCGGAUGUUCGAAGUGGGCAUGAAGAAAUCCUGCAGAGCAUUAAGGAUGUGCUUGACCAGAUGCAGAAAGCCGGGCUGUUUUCGGGCAGCUGUGAUGAUGGUGAUGGUGAAAGUGGCGGUGGUGGUGGUGGUGGUGGUGGCGGCGAAGGACCUACGAUACCUGACGGAACUCCGUUGGUCGAGGCAAUUCCGACACGUCCAAGUCCGCGAUCUUCGAGCCCCAUGGCAGACACAGUGGAGCAGCAGGACCGGCUGCGAAAAGCGCUAGAAGAGGCGAAGAAGAGAAAUGCGGCGAAGCAGGGCUAA